AUGGGGCCAUCACAUCUUCAUAACCCCGCGGUCCUGUUGUGCGCCCUUCUUGUCCCAACUCUUGUUCUUUCUCGUCCCACCAUAGAUCCCGGGGAAUGCCCGACGGCUGCAGCCCUACCACUCGACUCCAUUGAACCGGCCUCGACUGAAAUUCCUAUAGUCUAUGAACAUUCUAGAUCGCCAGCCCUGACAGUUUAUGUCGGCUCGCUUCAGCAGAUGACCCGGAAAGCCAAGGCAACAAUUGCCCUGCUCUCGACCCUGAUCGCCUAUGUAUCUAUUAACAGCCUAAUCCACGCACUGAGGCCGGCUGCUUUCAUCUGGUAUGAGGAGGAUCGGGAGGAGCGGAGCUGGAUUGCGAGCUCGCGCUCGUGGCUUGAUCGCAAGGCCUGCCGAUGGCUUAGCGUCUGCGGCGCAACCCAUCUCCAAACCGCGGACGGGGAAUUUGGACACCGCGAUCCAGCAAAGUGGGCAAGUAUGCAGGUACAGCCCGAGACACCAUGGCGGUCGUUCUGGCUUAGCGGGGCCAAUGAGUCUGAGUGGGAUCCCGAAGAGCGGGCUCGGCGGCAGAUCCCGGACUAUGUUUUCCACUACGCCCCACUCGUCCACCUUUAUUCUGGCGAGCAGUUCUGGCCCGGGGAUAUCGCCGAACACUUGUACCAUACCACUCCGACCCUGAAUUAUACCCCAAUUCAGGCCCAAUGGGAUCAUCCGACACUGAGUGACUUGCAUGAGCUGAACCAAUGGGAAAAGGGUAGGCCUGUGUUCCUGACAAGCAACGACGAUGUACAGACGCGUCCACCAUGGUUGGAGGGCGAGAGGAAUAUCCCUGAGACAAAUGAUGACAAAAAAGAAUCAUGGGCUGAUUGGGAUGGUCGCGUCGAUGGGGAUAUCCCCGGUGACACAGAGGAAAACCGUGCCAAGUGGUAUGAUUUCCACCAAUUGCAACAAGAGGAUGCCUCGGAACCUGAGUCGAACUUCAACGAACAUUUGCAAGCUCAGCAAGUCCUCAAGGAACAUAUUCGCAGACGGUAUGGCGGCGAGGAGAUUUAUAAUGAUGUCGGUGCCGGUGGCCGAAGUGACGCCCCUGCAAUCCUGGUAGUCAUGGAUAAGGGCAACGGGAUUGUGGAUGCAUUCUGGUUCUACUUCUACAGCUUCAAUCUUGGAAACACCGUGGUCAAUGUCCGGUUUGGCAAUCACGUUGGCGAUUGGGAGCAUUCUAUGGUCCGAUUUCACAACGGCAAACCAAAAGCCCUCUUCUUCAGUGCCCAUCAAGGCGGAGAGGCUUAUAGCUAUGAAGCCGUUGAAAAAAUUGGACACCGCCCCGUCAUCUACUCUGCCGAAGGUAGCCACGCCAUGUACGCCACAGCCGGUGUACAUGAGUACAUUCUUCCCUGGGGAUUACUGCACGAUAUAACUGACCGCGGUCCACUAUGGGACCCCGUUCUUAACUCUCAAGCCUACACGUAUGACUUCGACAAUGAGCAUUUGCGAGCGUCGACCUUCAGCCCCUCUGCCCCAACAGAAUGGUUCCAUUAUAGAGGCCACUGGGGUGACAAGUUCUACCCACUGGGUGAUUCCCGCCAAUACCGAUUCGCAGGCCAGUACCACUACGUGAACGGACCUCUAGGCCCCAAGUUCAAACAUCUCAACCGUCACAAGGUGUGCCAGGGCCCCGAUCGUGCACCAUGCGUCAUCAAAAACUACAUCGAGCAAGGAAAGCGAUCUCGGCGGUGGGGACCAAACGGACCGGGAGAGUAA